GCCAGGUGCCCAAAUCCCUCCUCCAACCUCGCUUCCUGCCUCUCUUCUCUUCUCCUCCCCCAAAAGUCGCCGCUCUCGUCUUUGGCAGACGCAAAUACACCAAACGACCGGUAUCCCUCCGACAGCUUUGGGCUGAUCUGCGGUAUUCGCAAUCCACAGCACGAGUAGCAACCCGAGGAGACUCUCCCGCAGCCAGUCAGCGCCGUUCACUCCCCCACCACCGUAACGGCUGCCACGUCGACCUGCGCUGCGCAUACGCAAGCUGCCCAACAAGCGCCGCCACCAUCGAGAUACGGCCGCAUAAGACGCGGCCUGCCCUCUCUCUGCACACGCACAACAUCCCGUUUCUUACUGCUUGCCAACGAUCUGUGCGACUUGGAACCACGCUUGUUUGCAGGGACGCCAUAUCGCCUGAUCCUUCCGUCGUCGCCGUCGCACGCGAGCUGGUGGACGAGUCCUUGGUCUUGAGGCCAGCUACACCUGAUUGCCAAGACAGAACCAAGUGUCCCUCUUGCUUCUCAGACUCUGAUAGCUGUCCAGGAUUGGUUCGGGCUAUAUAUACGUACAUUCGGCCGCCAUGUCGCAAUCCCCUAUGAUUGCGGUGCCUCUCAAGGCUACCAACGAAAUCGAUUGGGUCACGCCGCUCAAGCAGUACAUCCGCAGUACCUAUGGCGACGAUCCCGAACGAUAUGCCGAAGAAUGUAAUACCCUAAACCGCCUGCGCCAGGAUAUGCGUGGAGCUGGUAAGGAAACUGCAUCCGGCCGUGAUAUGCUCUAUAGAUACUAUGGCCAACUGGAGCUACUCGACCUGCGCUUCCCCAUUGACGAGACACAUAUUAAGAUUGCAUUUACCUGGUUCGACGCCUUUACACACAAACCGACAACCCAAUACUCUCUCGCCUUCGAAAAAGCCUCCGUCAUCUUCAACAUCUCCGCCGUUCUCACUAGCCAUGCCGCUGGACAAAACCGUGCCGAUGAAUCAGCCCUGAAGACAGCAUAUCACUCGUACCAAGCCGCGGCUGGUAUGUUUACAUAUAUCAACGAAAACUUCUUGCACGCGCCUUCUUUCGACUUGAGCAGAGAUACUGUCAAAUCGUUAAUCCAUGUCUCGCUCGCCCAAGCGCAGGAAAUAUUUCUCGAGAAGCAAAUAUCGGCAAAGACAAAGAGUGCCUUGCUUGCUAAACUAGCAUCUCAAGCUGGAUAUCUAUAUUCGCAGGCACUCGAAGGUGUACAGGAGAACGUGUCAAAGGCCAUGUUUGAAAAGGUUUGGGCAACCAUGGUUCAGAUUAAAACUAACCACUUCAAUUCUGUGGCUCAAUAUUACCAAGCGUUAGCAGAUGACGAAGCUGGUCAGCAUGGUGUCGGCGUUGGCCGUCUGAUGGUAGCAGAAGCUCAGGCAAAAGAGGCUGAGAAACUUGCUCGCAACUUUCCCAGCUCCGUCCCUCCUAGCUCUAAUCUCAACCCUGAAUGCGGUGCACAGCUCCAAGAGAUGUGCAAGCGCCAACUUUCAACCACACAAGACAAACUCAAGGAAGCCAUCAAGGAUAACGACUUUAUCUACCAUCAGACAGUACCGCCUGAGGCCAGUCUCCCCGCCAUCUCGAAAGCCCCAGCAGCGAAGCCUAUUCCUGUCAGUGAGCUGUAUGCUGGUCAGGAUAUUCAACGGAUUACUGGUCCCGAUUUAUUCGCCAAAAUUGUGCCCAUGGCUGUUACGGAGACCGCCAGCAUGUACGAUGAGGAGAAGGCUAAGCUUAUCCGAGCAGAGACAGAAAAGGUCGACACCGCAAAUGGUGAAAUGGCUGCCAGUCUUGAUUAUCUGCGCCUACCAGGAGCUCUUCAAGUUCUUAAGGGUGGUGUUGAUCAGGAUAUCUUGCCAGACGAAGACUUUAGGCAGUGGUGUGAUGAUGUUGCAGACCACGAGGAUCCCACCGCAAUCUUUGAAUUCCUCAAAUCGGAAAAGGACUACGUUGUCACAGCGCUGGCUGAGUCGUCCAAACAACUAGAUACCGAAGAAGGAUCGUGCGAAAAGAUGCGAUCGAGAUUUGAGGGCCAAUGGACCCAGCAACCCAGCUCUGCCCUGACCACCACACUGCGUAGUGAUAUCCGAGGCUACCGCGAGGCACUAGAUGAAGCCAUGCGCAGCGAUUCGCAGCUCAUGUCAAAGCUGGUCCAAAAUGAAAAGGAGUUUGAUGAGAUGCGCCGGGCUGUCCAGGAAUCGGCCGUCGACCAACUCUUCCAAAAGGCCGUUGCCCAGUCGCGCGGAAGCAUUAGCCAAGGAAACAGCCCAGCUGUUGCUGAGCAGAGCUUGCUAGAUGCAGACUUUGGCGAAUCGGGACCGAGUGUCGUCGACCAGAUUGCAUUCAUUGAGGAUAUUCUGAAGAAGCUCAAUUCCAUUAAGCGCGAGCGAAACCAGAUAUUGAAAGACCUCAAGGACAAGGUACACACGGACGACAUUUCACAGGUUCUGAUUCUGAACAAGAAGGCAAUAUCGAACAACGAGUCUCAGUUUUUCGAACAAGAGUUGGAAAAGUUCAGGCCACACCAGAACCGUCUUUUGCAAGCCAAUCAGAAGCAAUCUGCGCUUAUGAAGGAACUCACUGUGACCUUUAACUCCCUUUUGCAGGACAAACGAGUUAGAUCAGAGCAAAGCAAGUACGAAACUAUUCAGCGUCAGAGAUCUACCGUCAUCAACCGAUAUAAGCGUGCAUACCAAGAAUUCUUGGAUCUUGAGGCUGGUCUUCAGAGUGCCAAGACUUGGUACUCUGAGAUGCGUGAAACGGUGUCAAGCUUGAAGAAGAAUGUUGACAGCUUUGUUAACAACAGGCGCGCAGAAGGGCUGCAGAUGUUGGAGCAGAUUGAACAGAGACGCGAGGCAAGCAAAUCCCAACAGGCAGAGCUGGAACAGGAGCGCUUACAGCGUCUGAUGGAACGUAUGGACGUUGGUAGCGCAGCACCCCAGUCUAGUCGACCAGUUCCUACACCACUCUAUGCAGCAGGACAGGCACCGAGAUAUGGACAGGCCAACAUGCAAAGCCAAUACAUGCCAACAUCGCCGCCUCCACAGCAACAGAGCUUCUCUGGCUACAGCAGCCCUCCACCUGGAGGCAGCUUCUACCAAGCGGCUUACAACCCCAGCCAGUAUGGUCCAACUCCUGGCCCAACAUCGCCGCCGCCUAACCAGACUUCGUUUGGACUCAACGCAAUGCGAAACCCGGCCUCUCCCCCGCCCAACCAAACGUCGUUCGGACAGACAUUCCAAAGCUACAACAGUUAUGCCGCAGGUCAGACAUCGCAACAACAACCUCAACACCAAGUUCAAUCACCGGCCCAGCAGCAGACGGGAUAUGUUCCUCCUGGAUUUGUUCCACCACCUCCUCCUCCGGGACCACCUCCUCUGGGGCCUCAGCAAACAGUACACUACCCUCAAGGCUAUGAGGCUGCUUCUGGCCAUGGCAUACAGCAGCAGCAGCACCGACGGGAUUCACAAGGCCAACAGCCACAUGAUCCCUGGGCUGGCUUGAGCAACUGGAGAUAAUCUUAUAGCAAACAAUGGAUGACGAUGGUUUCUAUGCCAGGAAUGGGCAGCAACGAAAAGUGGGAAGGAUAGCCUGUGUGUUAUAAGAAAAAAGAGCGCAAUUUAACUGUAAAUGAGAAACUAAAGAACUUUGCUUCGCAGCAUAAUAGCUAUUCUGUUCUGUAUAA